CUGGUGCUUGGGGCUGCUGCAAGAGCGGGGCCCUGCUCCUGAAGCGGCUCCCAGCAGGGCUGGGGGGCACCCGCUCUGCUGCGUCAUGGCUCGCUGCACCCUGUCCCCUGCGUCCCGUCCUGCUGCAUCCAUCCCUCUUCCUCCUGUUCUGCUGUGUCGUGUCCUCCUGCAUCCCAUCCCGCUGCACCCCAUCCCGCUGCAUCCCAUCCUGCUGUAUCCCAUCCCGCUGCACCCCAUCCUGCUGUAUCCCAUCCUGCUCAUCCCGCUGCAUCCCAUCCUGCUGUAUCCCAUCCCGCUGCACCCCAUCCUGCUGUAUCCCAUCCUGCU